AUGAUAGUUGUGGAGUACCAGGGUCUACUGCAAACCUUGAAGCUCUAUUCUGGACAUCCAGCGGAUUUGGUAAAAUGCACGGAGGAUUUCAAUUUCUCACCAGAAGCGGACCCCGGCUCAGGCUAUUUCGAUCCCGAGUUGAUCGACGGUUUGGGGGAUAUUGACAUUAAUAAGAUCGGGCGAGAUGAUGACGAAGACAGAAGCGAGGAAAGCAAUCCACCGCCAUUCAUCACACCUCCUCCUCCCAAUCCGGACUACAAAGGGCCGAAAGGUGAGAAAGGUGACAAAGGAGACAAGGGUGAUAGCGUCAGAGGACCUCCAGGUCCACCUGGUCCACCAGGCCAAGAUGAGUACAAUAACUUGACGAAAAUGCCGCAGGGACCGCCAGGAAAGAAGGGAGAUCCCGGUACUUGUUCGUGUAACGCAACAGCGCUGAUGGCAUCCUUCACGAUGCCGAAAAUGAUCCAGGGACCGAAAGGAGAACCAGGAGUAGGGGGGCAAGAAGGAAAGCAGGGGCAAAUGGGGCUGACGGGGGCAGCAGGACCACCCGGAGAGAGGGGACUUGAAGGACCAGCCGGCGCCAGAGGAGACAAAGGGGACAUGGGAAUACCGGGACCGGAAGGUCCUCAAGGACAAAAAGGAGAACCUGGCCGCGAUGGAAUACCAGGGGAAAAAGGUUCGCAAGGACCUCCAGGACCGCCAGGAAAAGGUGAAUUCUCGGGAUAUGAUACGGAAGGCAUCGCGAUGAGGCCAGGUCUGCCAGGAGAGAAGGGUGAAGGAGGCACACCAGGAAGUCCAGGGCCAAAGGGAACUCCGGGUAUUCCCGGUCCCAAAGGAAACAGAGGUGAACCAGGACUGAAAGGGGCAAGAGGUGAUCACGGAAAGGAAGGUUCAAGAGGAAUUCAAGGAUUCAAAGGCGAGCCGGGCGCCCCGGGUUCACCGGGACUUCCUGGAGCACCUGGUGAAAAUGGAAGACCGGCUGAGAAAGGUGACAAAGGCGACACAGGACCGGAGGGGAAACCAGGUCCUCCUGGAGCUCCUGGACCCCCAGGCUCGACUGCUCUAAGUGGUCCUGGGGGAAUAAGCGUUGGUGAAACAGGGUUAAGAGAAAAAGGCGAUAAAGGUGAAGUUGGUGGACGCGGUUACAAAGGAGAUAAGGGUACCAAAGGCGAGAAAGGGGACAAGGGUGACUCUGGACCGGCUGGAAUUCCUGGUGUGAAUGGUAUUCAGGGACCUCAAGGCAACAAAGGUGAUCCGGGGAAGGAUGGAGUUCCCGGGACAUCAGGAAUCGUUGGUGUAAAGGGUGAAAAAGGCGAGCGAGGUCCACCAGGAGCCACGGCUAUAUCAAGCUCCGGUGACUACAUUACUAUCAAAGGAGAGAAGGGAAUGGAGGGCAAGAGGGGCCGAAGAGGACGUCCUGGACCGCCUGGUCCUGUGGGACCACCGGGAAAACCAGGAGUUAUGGGAGAAAUUGGGUUGCCUGGAUGGGUGAACUCUAUGAAAGGCCGUCCUGGUACUCCUGGACUUCCCGGACCUGUUGGACUAGGAGGACCUAAGGGGGAAAAAGGAGAGCCCGGUACACCGAGCCCUUACGGAGUUUCUGUCGGUAUAAAAGGAGAUAAGGGAGACGAUGGUUUCCCUGGUAUUCCCGGACAACCCGGAAGAGACGGUCAAAGAGGACCUCCAGGACCUCCUGGACCGCCUGGACCACCGUCUCAAGGGAAUUACAUUCCAGUUCCAGGACCACCAGGGCCUCCAGGUCCACCGGGACCAUCCGGAAUGUCUUUAUCCGGACAAAAAGAGGAUACGGGAAUUGGCAGAAGUCAUAUUUUCGGUGAAAGAGACUACUAUGGGGUCAGACAAGGACUCAGAACUAGUCUGGACGAAUUAAAGGCUCUUCGUGAACUGAAGCAGCUGAAAGAAUUAAAAGAGCACUUGGGCGCUGUCACCGCUGCAACAAGAGGUCCUUUGGAAACCACGACGAAGAUUGUACCAGGAGCAGUGACAUUCCAAAACACGGAAGCUAUGACAAAAAUGUCUGCUGUAAGUCCAGUCGGUACGCUCGCUUACAUCAUUGACGAACAAGCGUUGCUCGUUCGAGUGAACAACGGCUGGCAAUAUAUUGCACUGGGUUCGCUUUUACCUAUAACUACACCCGCGCCACCGACGACGUCACCGCCUCCAGCGAAUCCACCUUUUGAGGCUUCCAACUUGAUCAACCAGAUACCUGUGAAAGCAGACGGAACAGGGUGGUAUCCUCGAAUGUUACGAAUGGCUGCUUUGAAUGAACCAUUCACUGGAGACAUGCACGGUGUACGUGGAGCUGACUACGCUUGUUAUCGACAAGCAAGACGAGCAGGUUUGAGGGGUACGUUUCGGGCAUUCCUUAGCUCCAGGGUACAGAACGUCGACAGCAUUGUAAGGCUCGGGGAUAGGGACCUCCCCAUCGUCAACGUAAAGGGAGAUGUCCUCUUUAAUUCUUGGAAAGAGAUGUUCAACGGAAAUGGAGCAUACUUCUCCCAAAUUCCUAGAAUCUAUAGUUUCAAUGGGAAAAAUAUCCUCACCGACUUCGCAUGGCCAGAAAAGGUAGCGUGGCACGGAUCGCACAAAUUAGGAGACAGAGCAAUGGACACGUACUGCGACUCCUGGCAUUCAAGCAGCUCUGAUCGUUACGGUUUAGGAUCUCCUUUAACAGGGGGACGCCUCUUAGAGCAAGUUCGUUACUCCUGCGACAACAAGUUCGCUCUGCUCUGUAUAGAAGUGACCAGCGAGAUCACAAGAAGGAGGAGAAGCGUCGAAGUUACAGACGACGAGGAAGAGAUGUCGGAGAACGAUUACAAGGAAUACUUGGACGCUCUGAUGGAAAAUUAA